UGUGUCAAUUGUAUGAUUAAUUGCGCGAAUAGGAUCUUAAUUUUCAAUUUAUAUUUUAUAAAUAUUUUUCAAAACUUGUUUUGUACUAGUUGAAAUUUGUGUCUGUUCACAUUUCUUAAGUAUGGAAAAAGUUAAUAGAUCUAGGAUGGAGAUGGAUACCUUAUUAAAAACACAGGACAAAAACUAUGAACAAAUGAGAAGCAGGGAUGUGCAAUCACAAAUAAAAUUAUACAAUACUGAUUGGAAAGAAAAGGAAAUUACAGGAAGCAAUGCAUUCAGAGAAAAGGGAAAUCGAUCAAUGCAGAUUCUUGCUGGCAUUGCAGCUUCCCUUUCUGCGGCAGUAUUAGCAGCAAAUACUGUUUGGAAUUCGCCGGCUCUACCUCAUUUGAAAAGCAAUCAUUCCAAUUUUUUUGUCACGGAUUCACAAGGAGGCUGGAUCAUUUCAAUAUAUCAUUUCGCCGAUAUAAUUGGUGCUCUUCUGAACAUUUUCUUUAUCGAUCGGAUCGGUCGAAAAUUAAGCUUAUUACUAAGUGGUAUCCCAGCUGUUAUUUCUUGGAUUUUGAUCAUCUAUGCAGAAAAUUAUUUGUACAUUUUUAUUGCAAAGUUCAUCUCCGGUAUUGGUCAAGGAGUGACCUACAACGCUUUGGUGAUAUAUUUAGCUGAAAUUGCGGAAAAGGAUAUUAGAGGAACACUCGUUAGUAUUAUGAGGACAAUUCAGUGUCUAUUUUAUUUUGGAUUAGCAGCAGUAGGGACAUUCUUCUCAUACGAAAUAUUGAAUUUAUCAGCCUUAUCGGUGCCAGUUCUGUUUCUUAUUGUCUUCUCAUUUAUGCCCGAAAGUCCAUAUUUUUUAUUGCUACAAGGCCGAGAUGAAGAUGCAAUGAAAUCUUUGAUGAAACUUAGAGGAAUGUCUGACUCUAAAACACUAACAGUCGAUCUCGGGGAAAUGAAACUAGAUAUAGAGGAUAAACAAAAACACAAAAAUAAUUCUUUAAAAGAUUUAAUAUUGAAAAGCUACAACCGAAAGUGUUUGGCAAUUGUCAUGUGCCUUAAACUGACCCAAGUGAUGGCAGGUCACAGCGCGAUUCUCAAUAACACUCAGGAAAUUUUUUCUCUCAGUGGUUCUUCAAUCUCGCCGAAAAUUUCAGUCCUUAUUUUAGCUGGAAUUCGUCUCAUUUCUACCUUUGGAGCUAGUGGAAUAAUGGAUCGGAUUAGUAAAAGAAUUACAUUCUUGGUCUGUGGAAUAUUGGCAGCUUUAUUUUUAACAACAGUAGGCCUAUUUUUCUUUUUGAAAUUUUAUGUCAAAGCAGAUGUCUCUUCCAUCACGUGGCUGCCUCUUGCAGCGCUUGUUUUGUUUGAAAUUGUUUAUUACGUAGGGAUUGCUGUUAUACCAUAUAUUCUGCAGGGAGAACUUUUUUCAAUGAAUGUAAAAGGUACUGCUGUAGCGUUCAGCAUGAUUAUCGGAUCGACUUUUUCGUUUAUUUCUAACACAGGGUACAAUUUCAUUAGUCGCAAUGCUGGAGUUUUUGUAGCAUUUUGGUUCUAUGCAACAGUUUCUUUUAUUGGGUCCGUGCUUACUUUCUGGAUCACACCCGAAUCCAAUGGGAAAACAUUGGAAGAAAUUCAUGCUAUGCAAAAUCCUGAGAUGAAAAUGAAACUCGAAUUGGAACGGAAAAGUAGAUCAGUAUUUUCUUAAAUAUAGUCUGUGGUAUGUGCUCUGAUGAUUAAAUCUCAGCUUACCUACAUAGGGGGAGGGUC